CCUCCCCGGCCUUCAACCCUCUUCGGCAUUGUUCGGCUGAGUUCGGCCGCUAACGGUCGGUGUGUUCAAAUGUUCGGCUGCAGCUCGUCCUGCAGACACCGUGAAGCAGCAGGAGGACCGACCCGAGACCCGACCCGAGGAGGACCGACCCGAAACCCGAGGACCGACCCGAGGACAGGCCGCGACGGACGGAGUCUCCCGGCGGGAUGACGGUGCUGCAGGAGCCGGUCCAGGCUGCUGUGUGGCAGGCGCUGAACCACUACGCCUACCUGGAUGCUGUCUUCCUCGCGGAGAGACUUUACGCAGAAGUGAGGUCAGAGGAGGCCCUCUACCUGUUGGCAACAUGUUACUACCGCUCAGGGAAACCCUACAAGGCGUACCGGCUGCUGAAGGCUCACAGCUGCUCCACACCGCAGGUUCGAUUCCUUUUGGCAAAAUGCUGCGUGGAACUGAGCAAGCUCGCUGAAGGUGAGCAGGUUUUGAUCGGGGGCGUGCUGAACAAACAGAAGAGUCAAGAUGACAUCAUCACAGAAUUUGGAGACUCAGCCUCCUUCACGCUAUCGUUGCUGGGACAUAUUUACUGUAAGACAGAUCGUGUUGCUAAAGGUGCCGAGUGUUUCCAGAGAAGUUCAACUCUUAAUCCGUUCCUCUGGUCGCCUUUCCAGAACCUCUGUCACCUAGGAGAGAAACCAGAUCCAGAUCAGGUCUUCAGGUUGUCCUCGCUACAGAACUCUUCUAUAGCCCCACCCCCUCCAUCUGUUAGUCCCGCCCAGAACCCGUCCCACCGCCUAGACACCGCCCUAAUGGAGACGCCACAGGACACACUGGAGUUGAAUCGUUUGAAUCUAGAAUCUUCUAAUGGAAAGCUGACAUCUGAUAUGUCAGUUUCUUACAUUGACUCCUCCCUUAUCUCCCCGGAAACUGGCUCCCUACUGGGUAACACGGUUUCUAUGGCGUCAGCUGGCUCCUUAUUGGCUAAACAGAACAAACCCAAGAGUGGGAGGAGUUUAUUGGGAGGACCUGCUGCACUCAGCCCGCUGACACCCAGCUUUGGAAUCCUUCCCCUGGAUCCCAGUCCAGGAGACCCCACAUAUCUACAAAACUACUCUGCUACCAUGGAAACACAAACUACAGGUCCCAACAAGAAGUCUGUGUCCAGGAUCAGUCAGUCAAAGUCUGUCUUCAGUCAGAGCGGCAACAGCAGAGACGUUCUUCCCAUCCCCUUCAACCAAUCCCAGACCUCCGCACCACACACCAGUGGCUCUCCGCAGGUGCUCAGUCCCAGUAUGUCUGGUCCUCCAAACGUUCAGCCCAGGAGAAGCUCAAGACUCUUCACUAGUGCCAGCUCCACUGCCAAGGAGAACAGUAAGAAGUUAAAGAUGAAGUUUCCAACAAAAAUUCCAAACAGAAAAACUAAAUGUAAAUCAACCAAGACGUCAAACAGCAGCAACCUGAACGAGAGUCUGGACAUCCUGAGACUGGAUCCUGGUCUGAGUCUACCUGACACCAAGAUCCAGCACCAACGAGCUGCUGCAGACAGCGUCAUGGCGUUGCUACGGGAACUUGGGCGCGGUUACCAGGCGCUGUGCUCCUACAACUGCAAAGAAGCCAUCAACAUCCUGACGUCCCUCCCUCCCCAGCACUACAACACCGGCUGGGUCCUCACCCACAUCGGCAGGGCUUACUUUGAGCUGGCUGAGUACACACAGGCGGAGCGUGUGUUUAGCGAGGUUCGCAGGAUCGAGUCGUUCCGAGUCGAGGGGAUGGAGAUUUAUUCAACGACUCUGUGGCACCUGCAGAAAGAUGUCGCUCUGUCUGCGCUUUCCAAAGACCUGACAGACAUGGACAAGAACUGUCCUGAGGCCUGGUGUGUUGCAGGAAACUGCUUCAGCCUGCAGAGGGAACAUGACAUCGCCAUAAAGUUCUUCCAGAGAGCGAUCCAGGUUGACCCAGGCUUUGCGUAUGCUUACACUCUGUUGGGUCACGAGUUUGUUUUGACCGAGGAGUUGGACCGAGCACUCGCCUGCUUCCGAAACGCCAUCAGAGUCAACAACCGACACUACAACGCAUGGUACGGUCUCGGGAUGAUUUACUACAAACAGGAGAAGUUCAAUUUGGCAGAAAUCCAUUUCAAGAAAGCUUUGAGCAUCAACCCUCAGAGCUCCGUGCUGCUCUGCCACAUCGGAGUUGUGCAGCAUGCGUUGAAGAAGUCUGAUGCAGCUUUAGAAACUCUGAAUCGAGCGAUCGGGAUUGAUCCCAAAAACCCACUCUGCAAAUUCCAUAGAGCAUCGAUAUUGUUCGCCAACGACAAGUACAAGGCUGCUCUUCAGGAGUUGGAGGAGUUGAAGCAGAUUGUUCCUAAAGAGUCUCUGGUUUAUUUCCUCAUAGGAAAGGUGUAUAAGAAGCUGGGACACACCCACCUGGCUCUCAUGAACUUCAGCUGGGCGAUGGAUCUGGAUCCUAAAGGAGCCAAUAACCAGAUCAAAGAAGCCAUUGAUAAAAGAUACCUGCCCGAGGACGAAGCAGCGGAGGUGGACGACAGUCAGGACAGCAGCAUCAUGACGGACGCUGACGACACGCAGCUCCACACGGCUGAGAGUGAUGAUGUCCUUUAGCCACGCCCCCUCACGUGAACACGCCUCCUGCUAGAGCCAAGCCCUGUCCCCUUCUCCAAUUGGCUGGAGGACUGCUGUUGCUAGGCGACAUUCUGACAGGCAGUUCUUCUGUUUAGCUCCACCCCCUGUGCUGCCCCUGCCCUUGAUUGGCUGAGACAGACUGCUGCGUCCUUGAAGCCCCGCCCUCUUCCUCAUGUGUCAUCAACUGGUUCUGUGACAUCACAGCUGUUUUUUAUGUUCUUUUUAUCAUUAUGAAAAUAAAUCAAUAAAAACAUGUAAACCCC